AUGACAGACGUGAGGUCCUUACUCCGUAGUGAGCGUGCGUCGCGCCGGAUAGACCAUCCCAAUGCUUCCUACUCGGCGACCGGCACUCUUGAGUGCAACGUCUGUCAUAUUCCUAUUAAGUCUGAUAGCGAUGUGUGGAACAAGCACCUGAAGUCUACUCAGCAUGUCAUGCGAGCUGAAAGGCUACGCGUCAGCCAAAACUUCCCUCCUCAAAGGCCUGACUCUACAAAUCAAGCACAUAUCACGAGCCUUACCACAACGAAGAAACGGAAAGCAAUCGACGAGGACGACGAGGACACUCGAAAACGAACAAGACCAGUAGUUCGCCUUUCAAGAGGCUUAUUUGCCGACCAAGUCGAAGCGAAAAGUCAAAACACACAUCCAACCACAAAUGAACAGUCACUGCCUGCAAAGCCUCUGCCCCAAAACCCUCCAACCACAGAAAUACCUCCCGCCCAACUACAGGAUCCAGUAGAUGAAGCAGAAUGGGCCGCCUUCGAACGCGAGGUCGCGACCCCGCCACCAUCAAUGCUCGCUCCUAACGCACCCUCCGCCUUGACGACAGACGCAACAAUCACCGCAGCACCUAUAUCAGCCGCCGAAUUGGCUGCACAGCAGAAAGAGGAGGAGAGGACGACGGGUAAAGAGAGACGAGAGGCGGAGAUCGAGGCAGAGAAAGAAGAUGCAGCGAGGGCAUUGGAGGACGAGUUUGAUGAGAUGGAGGGGUUAGAGGAGAGGGUCAGAAGGUUGAGGGAGAAGAGGGAGGAAUUGAGGCGGAGGAGGGGUAGUGAGAUUAAGAAGGAGAAGAAGGAAGAGAUGUCGGAAAGGGUUGGUAUUGGUGGAGAAGAAGCCGAGGAGGAAAGCAGUGAGGAGGACUUUGAUGGAUGGGGGUUUGGGAGGUGA